AAAAAAAAAAACGGAAAAAGACCGCGAAAUUAACCUCGUCUCGGUUGUCAACCGUGUCCAACAACAAACAAAAUCUGAAGUCCGAUCCGAGAGGGAACGCGAAUCAUCGCUUAAUGAGACGUUAAUCUCCUCCGAAACCUCGAUUAAUGUCUGUUUGUCUUGUCACAAUGUGUUAAGACAGAUCUCUUAAUAUUUGCCUACCUCUUGUGGUUUUAGUUGGUCCUGAAAAAUGGGAGCUAAACCGAGGUGCAAGGGGUGGUGGGUGUGGGUGCUGGUGCUCGUGAUUCUCGCUCUCGUCGCCGGCGGCGUCAUUUUCGCGGUCGUCAAGAAAAUAAAGAAAAACUCCGGCGAUGACGACGGUGCGGUUCCUGGUCCUCCCGGCGCCAUUACCCAGAAAUACUCCGCCGCUCUCAAAGUCGCCGUCCAAUUCUUCGACGUCCAGAAAUCUGGUAAGCUGGUGGAUAACAAGAUAUCGUGGAGAGGGGAUUCGGGUCUGAAAGAUGGAAGCGAUGCGAAGUUGGAUUUGUCCAAGGGAAUGUAUGACGCUGGGGAUCACAUGAAGUUCGGAUUUCCAAUGGCGUAUACCGCCACGGUCUUGUCGUGGGCGAUUCUUGAGUAUGGUGAUCACAUGGAUGCGGUGAAUCAGUUAAAAACUUCUCAAGCCUCUCUUAAGUGGAUCACUGACUUCCUUGUCAAUGCUCAUCCCAAGGACAAUGUGCUCUACAUUCAGGUGGGUGACCCUAAAAAGGACCAUGAAUGUUGGUAUAGGCCGGAAGAUGUGACUGAGAAGAGGCCGGCAACACAGGUCAACACAUCCGCUCCAGGAACGGAGGUUGCGGCUGAAACUGCAGCAGCUAUGGCUUCAGCAUCUCUGGUCUUUAAGAAAAGUGAUGCCAAAUAUUCAGAUACGCUUCUUUCGCAUGCCAAAAAGUUGUUUACUUUUGCUGACAAAAACAGAGGCUCUUACAGUGAAAGCAUCCCCGAGGUCCAGAAAUUUUACAAUUCAACGGGAUAUGGAGAUGAGCUUUUGUGGGCAGCAGCCUGGCUUUACCAUGCGACUGGGGAUAAGGAAUACCUUGAUUACGUCACAGGGGAGAAUGGAGAGGAAUUUGCUCAAUUUGGUAAACCGACGUGGUUCAGUUGGGAUAACAAGCUUGCAGGAACCCAGGUUUUGCUCUCCAGGUUGACCUUCUUUGGUGGGAAGGACACCUCAGACAAUUCUGGCCUUCAAAAGUACAGGAAGACAGCUGAAGCUGUUAUAUGUGGCUUCCUGCCAAACUCGCCAACGGCCACGAGCAGCAGAACAGAGAAUGGUCUGAUCUGGGUCAGUGAAUGGAAUGCUCUGCAGCAGCCGGUAGCUGCUGCUUUCCUAGCUGCUCUUUACAGUGACUACAUGCUUACAUCUGGCUCCACAAAACUAGAAUGCGAUGGAGAAACCUAUAAGCCAUCGGAUAUUCGGAAAUUUGUUAGAUCUCAGGCGAAUUAUGUCUUGGGCGACAAUCCUAUGAAAAUGAGCUAUCUUGUCGGGUACGGGGAUAAAUAUCCUGAAUACGUACACCAUAGAGGAGCUUCUAUCCCCGCUAAUAAGAAGACUAGCUGCAAAGAGGGAUUCAAGUACCUUGACUCAACCAAACCCAACCCUAAUGUAGCCGUUGGAGCACUUGUCGGCGGGCCGUUCCUAAACGAAACAUACAUUGAUGCCCGGAACAACUCGAGGCAAGGGGAGCCGAGCACAUACAACAGUGCCGUCGUUGUUGGCCUUCUGUCAAGUCUGGUGACCACCUCUUCGGCAGUUAAAUCCUUCACCUAGAGAGUCCUAGACAUCGACCAAAAAAAAAAACCAAGAGAUUACAAUUGUUUGUACUCUGUACCUGUUUGUAUGCAUGCCCUGUUUCUAUACACAAUUUACUGAUCUAGUGUAAUAGUACGUAGUUUACUUUCCAAUGAUUGAGCGGUUACUUCAGGA